UGCAGAAGAAGAUUAUAAUCUAUCAUGGAAGAGGACAUGUCCAACCAUCAUCGGUGUCAGACCAACACUGUACUCAAUUUCUCGCCACCGCCAGCGACGGCGGUACAAAUACUGAUCAUUCCGCUUCACAGGAGGUGGCCACAUAGAGAUUCAAUCGGUUCGAUUGGAAUAGCAGGUCAGCGAGAAUCACCGGUCAAAGUUAAUUACGUGAGGUAGAAAAGGAAAGCAAGCGGACAUACCAUCACCCUCACUGUUGCAGAUAAUUACAAAAAAAAAACGGAUGUACCAUCCACAUGGUACAUCCGGAUGUAUAAUAUAAUUUACCAACAAUCCAUCAAAUUUUCGAGCUUUACCAAACCCUAAUUAACAUCUCGGGGAGAAGGAAAACAUCGAUCGAGUCAUGGAAACGAGGUCAAAGAGGAGAAGAGCUGUUAAUCCUGGAGCAGGGGAAGCCAUGAUUGAUGCUAAUCCAGAGUGCCCCAAAUGGUUGGGGGGGGGGGGGUGGCUAUGAAGACGUAUUGAUGGAAAUACUAGCUAGGCUACCAAAUAGUCGAAGUGCAAUUUCUGCAGGCUUGGUGUGUCGCCUUUGGCAUUCCAUCAUCUCUCAGCAGCAGCAGUUUAUUCCCAGGUUCUUAGGCCUCCGGGAGCAAAAGAAGAAAGAGCAGCCUUAUUCCAUCAUAUUCCGCAUAGUAGACAAUUCUUUUGUUGCAGAUGAGUAUUAUCAGCCCAUCUGCAAACUAUUUUCGGAAGAAUCUGCAGUUCUCCACGGGGGAAGGAAGGAGGAGACGGGGACGUCAUGUCAAAGGUAUCCUCCUUUACGCCGCGGCAGCAUCAGGCCACGGCCUGCGCCCAACAUGGUCAUAAGAGCAUCUUGCAGCGACUUGCUGUUGUUGUAGCAUGGCUCUCGCAACGAUGGGGUUAAGCCAAACUCCUUCUAUCUUUGUAACCCAGUAACCAAACAGUGGUUCCAUCUCCCCCGUGUUGAUUUCGAUGGUUACUUACUUGGGUUUGCAGUGGUACGCAUGCCACAGCCCCCCACCCAUAAUGGCUGUGGCAGUUAUGAAUACAAGGUUGCUUUCAUUCAUUUUCCCGAUCUUGGUCGCGAUGAAGAUGAUGAUGCAGACACUUGGGAUUUUAGAAUGUCAAUUUAUUGUUCAAAAACCAGACAAUGGAGUGUGGACUCAUGGUUUCGAUAUCCUGUACCUAUCAGCAGGGAACCUAGGUUUUUCAUUAGCCCAAUCACCUGCAAUGGAACUAUUUAUUGGUUCAAUUGUGAUAAAGUUCCUGACAAAGUCAUUGCCUGUGAUUUGGUGAACAAGCCCUACUCUACUGCCAUUAUCAACCUUCCUGAAGGCUCUGUGCCUGGUGGUUGGGGUGUUGUUUCUAUAGAGUUGGGUGUUGUCAUGGGAGAACUGAGAUUAUUCAACGUAUUUCACCCAUUCUUGGUUGACCAACAACAACCUCAGCAUCUCGUUGUUGUGAAAGUUUGAGAGUUGAAUCACAGAACCAAUGUCUGGACUCUCGUUCAUGACACACACUUCAAUGAUAGGCCGCUGCCGUCUAAUGGCAUCCAAGUAGAAGAAGACGAAAACAAGUUCAAGAUCCGUACAGUUGCUUUCCAUCCACACGAUGGGGACGCAGUCUUCUUGGUAUGCGGCUGUGAUGUUUUCCAGUAUCACAUUUCACAGGGUGUGUAUGAGAAAGUCGAUGAGCUCUGUGGUGUUUUCCGGUAUCGCAAUUCAUGGGGUUCUGUGUAUAAGAAAGUCGACGACGUCCUUCAUCCCGUGCCUCCAAAUGUGCUUCUUACAUCCUUCACUCUCCUCCACUCUGUUUGGCCCACCACCAUGUUGUUCUCUCCUUCAGAAUAGAAUAGUAAUUGUUACUCCCUCCGUCCUAAAUUGAGACACAAAUUUGACUUUUGGGGUCAAACAGUUUGAUUUUAUUCCCUUAAUUAGAAUAUCAAUUUUUAUGCAAAUUUUAAUUUGGAGUUUGCAACUUUACAAAUAUUUUAAUGUAGUAUAUUCGACUCUCUGUUACUGUGUGCACACUCACAUACUACAUAUCUUAUUGUGAAACAGUUAUGAACUUAUUGGUUUGGGAGUUUAAUCUUGAACAUGAGGGUUUUCAACAUUUGCACCCUUUGUUCUUAAAAAAACUUAACGGAUUAGAGUUAUGCUAGAAGUAAAUGUAUUAUUAUAAAUUGUGUUGCAACAGAUUUAUGUGGCAAUAUAUAUGAAAUAUCAUUUAACACAUCGCAUCACUUUUAUAUCAAAUGUAAUUAUAAUUUAAUA